UUUUUUCAGGUGUCUUCUCCUGCUAAAGGUAAACAAAUGGACUCGGCGGCGGUUUGCGGUAAAAACAUGAGAAAUGUGGUCGAACGGCGCGAACUGAAGCGAGUAAAAUGCCCGGAAACAAGAGGAGAUUUAAUGUCCGAUUCCCUCCGAGUCGAAUCAAGAAGAUCAUGCAGAAGGACACCGAGGUCGGGAGGAUCGCGAUGGCGGUUCCUGUGAUCAUCUCCCGGGCCUUGGAAAUGUUCCUGAAGUCUCUGUUGACUAAAACCUGCGUGAUAACUCAGUCCAAGCUCAGCACCGUCAUGUCUGUCGCUCACAUGAAACAGUGCAUCGAGUCAGAGAAGCUCUUCUACUUCCUGAAAGAGCUGACUGAGCGAUCGACGACUACGGCAGCCCAGAGGGACAACAGAGGCAUGAGUAUGUGGCCGCUGUACAGGACCAAACAAUAUGAAGUUUCAGUUAAAAAAGCCACUGAUGUGGAUGAAAAGAAGCCGGCACCGAGGAUGAGCCUCGACUCAGUCGACCACGACUCCAGCUCCAGCGAGUCGGAGCUCUACUCUGUUUAUGAAACCAGAGGAAAAAACACUGAAUUUACAGCCAUUUCAUCUGUUUUUUGUUUGAACAUUUCUUUUCAUUUGAGCUGCUCAGUGAUAUUUACUAUGACGUAGUUCGACGUUUGCCUGAUGAAAUUGUUUUUUUGGAUAAACUUGAGAUUUUUCUGUUCGAUAAAAAAGACGACCUGGCUUUUUGUUUUGGGUCCCUUUUACUAUUCUUAUGUUUCAGGGUUGUGAAAAGAAAAUGUAUUGAUUGUAUUUUUGUACCAUAGAAAGUUAAUCGUUUUUGUUAGUGAAGCAGAUGUUUUGUUCACUUUUUUUUGAUCGUUAGUUUUAGACUCUGCAUCGUCUUCGUCUGACUUUUAUUUGGUCACAAACAAAAGUGAAACUUGCAGUAAAACCAAACUAAGUGCUUAUUUUUCCUGAGCAGAAAACUUUUUUUUUUAAAGCACUUGUAAAUUAAAUGUUUAAAGGCAGAAAACAUUUUGAGUAUGAACUGUGAAAAUAAAUAACCUAAAUAAUAAAUAAGCUCAUUUCAA